AUGUCUGAGGAGGUCUCGGAGCUUCGCGCGGGCAUGUCGGCCAUGAGGGGCGAGUGGGAGAGGACAGUCCAGGAGAAGCUUCAGACGCUGGACCAGGCCUUUGCAGAGCGCUUCGCAGCGCUCGAGUCGCGAAUGUCUGCGUGCCUGGAAGCCUCCGAGCAAGCAGCGAAGGAGAAAGAGGAGAGUCAAGCCGCCGCCCGGCAAGCAGAGACUCUCCAGCAGGCCUUGCAGAGAGCCCGCGGCUUCGAGGAGGAGCUCCGUGCGGAGCUCCAGCGCCUGGACGAGGCGGCGCGGGUGGCGGCCCAGGCAGCCCAAGCGGAGAGACAGCAGCACGCGGAGAUCGCGCAGCCCUGGAAGGCUAGCGAAGAGCGCCAGGACUCCCUGCUGGCGCAGCAGAGCGCGGAGCUGGCGGCGACUCUGGAGCGUCUCGUCGGAGUGGAGGCCCUGGUGGCAGAGAUGCGCUCCAAGGAGGAUCGCGAGGCGAAGUUGGAGGAGCGACUGACCACCAGAGUUGAAGCCGUCGAGGCCUUGUUGUCUGGCAGCAGGAGCGGCGAGCAGGCUGUUCAGGAGCAGCUGAUGACCUUGGAACGAAGACUGGAGGAGCGCCACCAGCAGUCUGUGAAGGAGCUGCAGAAACUCGAAGGCGAGUGCAAAGAGGAGCUGGCCUUCGCCACCUGCAGCUGGGCUCGAGUCGUCAAUUGGCAGGCCGAGGUUGACCUUGCGAAGUUGCAGAAGGACGGCAAGCUGGACAUUGCCAGUCCCAGCUUCUCUGCUGCCGGGCUACAGAAGUUGCAGCUUCACCUGCGUCUUCAGGGCCGCGAGUCACGUUGGACCGUCGGAGUCUUCCUCCAGGCUCCCAGGGGCCAGGUAUCCUUUCGUCUACAUCUUGGCGCCAAGACGAUGUCUUUCGCGGCAGAGUUCGACGAAGCUCCCGAGUGGGGAUCGCAGCGACUGGCGGUUCUGGACAGUAUCGACAGGACGAUGAACGUGCGCCUGGAGAUUCUGGAUAUCACCGCGCCAUUGACAAAGGUUGAUUACCCUCCAUGCUUGACAGCGUCGGUCAAGUUUGCGGAUGCGGUGCAGGCAGCAGCGCGAGAAGCUACAGCAGUUCGCUCGUUGAUGGUCAAACGAAUCGAAUGGCGAGUCGGUCGCAUCUCCGAGCGAGUAGCUGCGGCGCGAGCUGCAGCCAACGAGCUCGGCGCAGAGGAGGCCUGGGAGCCCAUCGUCUCCCCUCCCUUCGCAGCAGGUGGUUUCGAAGGGCUCCAGUUACAUCUGUAUCCGCUCGGCUACAGAGCCAAGGGUGAGGAAACCUGCGGCUUCUUCCUGCUCUGUCCGAAAGGAAUGUACGUGAAGUGCAAGGCCUUCGUGGGCGAUGCAGUGAGGAAUUGGGACCACCACUAUGCAGACAGAGAGCCCUACGGCCGAGGGAAUUUCUGCCGAUUGCAGGACAAGGUCGAGGCGGAUGACAGCGUCCUCUGCGGGGUUGAGUUGCAGGAGAUUCGCAUGGAGCACACCACGCAGGUACGGGGUGGUCCAUUUGGCAGUAUCGCAGAUCAAAUGAAAGUCGUCAACCAUCCGUCGGUGGGAAGCAUGGAGCUCGUCCGCGAGCUCAAAGAUGCGGCCUAUGGCAAGGACCCUGCGAAGCCCCGGGCGCGAAGCCGUAAGACGCCUCACCAAUACACGCACCUGGCACCGGCCAUGGACGAGAGGCCGGCAGAGCGACCCAUGGUACCCCUGCCAGGUAUGGCAGCGUCAAAGUCUGUCCCACUUCUCCUGCCGCACGUGGCCUCGGGGUCACCGCAAAAGGCUCACCUGGAGUCAAUGGCAGGUUUGCCGAUAUCCCCUUCGAAAUAUCCAGAGAAAUCCAGUUGGCGAUAG